UGGUUUCUUCGCAGAUAAGCCUAUGAUCGCGAAAUGGCAAAUAAGCAGCAAGCGGAAGAUCUCAGACUGCAGGCUGACGAAUCCUUCGAAAAGGAAGACUUCAAAGAAGCCAUCAGGUUAUACACUGCGGCCAUCCGAGAGAACCAGAAAGACCCCAGUCUGUAUUUCAGUCGUUCGUUGGCGUACAUGCGAACGGAUCAGUACUGUUACGCGUUAUUGGAUGCCGAAAAGUCGAUUGCAUUGAGUCCCCAAUGCUCUCUUGGCUACUGUCGUCGAGGAGACGUGCAAUUUGCCGCGGGACGUUUUUCGGACGCGUUGUUGUCGUACCAAGUGGCAUUUUUGUUGCAGCCCAAUGAUCGGACGGUUUUUGUGUCGAUGACGAAAGCCAAGCUUGCCUUGGAUUCCUUCCGGCAACGUGAAAAACUUGAUCCUUGGUUAUGCACUGGAGUCGGUCUGAUUUUCGGGGCCAUUAUCGCUGUUGCUGACUGGACUCUUGCUGCGUCUCCGUCCUUGAAACACCCGGUGUUGAUCGUCUUGUUAACCUUGGUUACGUCGUCCUGUGGUUAUGGAAUCGGUCGAGCUUAUCGAUUUUACUUGAAGAUUCAGCGUGAUGGAAUGCUUCAGCCACCUCUUGAGUCUAACCAAGAUUCCGAAGGUAUG